CUCUAAAUCAUUGAGCAGAAAACAUACAACAGGCCAUCCGUGACAGCCCAUCAUGACUACAGCCCACAGACCCACCUUCGAUCCCGCGCAAGGGAAAGAGGCCCUUCGUGGACCAGCUUAUCAUCAACGACUUUUACCCGCAUACACGCACCUCAAGACUCGUCAAUUAGGGCAAGGAAGUGAAACCGAAGUCCGCCAACGCGACCUACGAGCCGAGCUACUCCAGGCUGAGGCGGCUCACUUUGCCAAGAAGAACGGAGUCCCAAUCAAUGAACCGGCCAUUGAAAGCGCGGCGCCGAAACGUCUACUAGAAGGGGGCCCUCCGGAUGGUGCAGGCGAAGCAGAAGAGGAGGACCCAGAAGCGAAGCGACGGCGGAUAUUAGAGGAAACUCGGGAUAUAGAUGCGGACUCGGAAGGAUCAGAAGAUGACAGUAGUGAAGAAGAGAGUGAUGACGAAGAUGAAGCUGCGGAGUUGAUGCGGGAACUGGAAAAAAUCAAGAGGGAGAGGCUAGAGCAGAAAGAGAAAGAGGAACGCGAACGUGCUGCAAAGGAAGAGGAGCAACGAGAGUAUGACAUUGCCAAGGGCAACCCGCUGCUCAACCCCCAGGACUUUAAUCUCAAGCGGAGAUGGGACGACGACGUUGUUUUCAAGAACCAAGCUCGCGGGACCGAAGAGAAACGCGGCAAGGAGUUUGUCAACGAUUUGUUGCGCUCCGACUUUCACAGAAGAUUUAUGGUGAGCCAUCCUUUCGAAAGAAUAUGACGAAUACCUCUAAUAUACCACUAGUCCAAGUAUGUCCGGUAGACUGGGACUCUUCAUAUCGAUACUCGACAAACUGGCGCCUGUCUUCACACUUUGAUCAAUAUCUGGAGUACGGACGAGCUCCGCUCGACUUAGAACGAAGGCUGCGGGGUGGAUGACUGGCUUGACGACCCUGCUGCAACCAUGAGGCUUCGCUAGUAUGAUGGAAAGGAAAGUAACCCCACUGAAGCCAUUCGGCAUAGC